UUAGAAAGCAGGAAAUUGCAUAUGGCGGAAGCGUUUGAAGAGGAAAAUGUCAAUAUGAAAAAAAUGUAAUUCCAAGGGAUCAGAAGAUUUUGCAGUUAAGAAAAUGAAGGAGUUAGGAAAACUUGUUGCACGUUGGGACAAGCUAAAGGGCUGGAGCUCUAUGCUAGAAGAGAUUUCCAACAAACUGAACACGGGCAGUAUGGAAGACGAGAGCAUAACUCUUGAAGUUGGCCCGCAGUUAUUACACACUCUCCGUCAUCCAUGUGCAAUAAGAUGCUCAGAGAUCACAUGCAGUAAACUGUGUCAGGUGUUUACGUGCCAUUAUACAAAAGGGGCCACCCAGGGUGUGAAAGUUUGGCUGCUUGAAUCCAAGGAGAAGUCGGAGGUCUGCACAGCUUCCAAUUUCGAGACUGAUCAUGUUCUCACUGCCAUGACGUACGUGUCAAAGCACCGCGUGUACUUGACGUACGGCGCCGAUCUGGUCCUGAGAUUGUUCACGGACUUUAACGGAGGCUUUAAGGAGUUAGAGAACAUACCAACACUGGCGACGACCCUGUGCCUGGUGUACAACAAAGAGGAAGAUGAAGUCUACGCUGGUGGCAUCGGCUUCGUUGAUGAGUGGAAAGUUCAGGGUGCAGAGCAUGCAGCAUUCAUCGUACCGGGACGAAAAUUCUAUGCAGAACUGACAAGAAAUGAUUGGGUGUGGGACGUACAGAUUGUGCGCCAGAACAAUCAUCUCUUACUUCAACACAGCAACGGCCUUUGUGUUCUAAACCUCAAGACUCGAAGAGUAAUUGAACGGAUUCCAAGCAGCCAUGAUGGUUCAUUAAAGUGCUGUUGUUACUAUCCACCCAAUGAUUUCCUCAUCACUGGUGGGGCAGAUGGAAAGAUCAAGUUGUUCAACGGCUCGGUGUUCAAUCUGAUGAAUUCCUUCAUUGCCCACCAUGGACCUGUGACAGGUCUAGAGGCCCACAUGAAUGAUCCUCUGCUGUUCUCCUGCUCCCAUGACGGAACUGUGAGAAUCUGGCGGCUUGACACACUGCAGAUUUUCACGAGGCUUGAUGUAGGGGAGAAGAUCUACAAAAUGGGACUGCUGUCUAUCGCAGAGUUCUAUAUCCAAACCAAGAAGGAUAUACUGGUCUACAGUCUUAAUCAGUUCUACCAAUUCUUCUCACCUGUUGAGUCUGAGACCAAACGGCUGAUGAACUGCCGAGCCAAAGGUCGUCAAAACAGAAUUCUAGGAUCCACUGAGGACGGCAGUGUCCGAUUGUUUUCACCAGUGACCGGCCUCACGCUGACCAUCAUAUACCCCAUGGCUUCAUUCCAGGUGUUGACUUCCUUCUCAUAUGACAUUCAUCAAGGCAGACUUCUAACAGUGCUUACCGAUGGAUCAGUGAUUGUGUUUAACACGACCACCAAUCCGUGCAAGGCUAAGGAGCUCUGGAGCCCCAGCAGAGAGGAUGAGCAAGUCAACAUUCUGCUGCAGGUCCCUGUGGAAUUCACCACAGAUGAGGGUCCAAGUUUCGAUAAUCUGGUGCUAGCUGGUCUAAGAAACGGGCAGAUCACACUCUGCGAGGCGGCAGUUUGCUCCCUUCAUGAGCCAAUUCAAGCGCACGAGGGUGCGGUAAUGUGUCUCGAAAGCUGCCUCAAUGUAAGCGACAGUGGCAAGCUUCUGCGAGAUACAGUGGACCGGAUAGUGUCUGGCGGCACCGACCAAUACGUGAAGGUUUGGUCCGUGGUCGUUCAGUUGGAACGGAAGAAGCUGUUUGUGAACGUUACCCUUGUGAUAAAGAUCCUAUUGUCAAGUGUUCCUUUAAUGCUGUGCAUGUAUAGCGAUAUUGUGUGUGUGGCACUUUCUGAGAACAAAGAAUUCAGACGGAGGUGGCCUCUGGUGAUGUACAAGCUGGUCCCCAUGAAUAGAACAGGAAGGAGCAGCCCCGGAUACGUGAUGCCCCUGCAGAUGUCACAUCCUGUAGACGAGGAUCAUACACACGAGCUGACUGCCUUGGACAAGUGCCCCAUGAUCAACCUGGUCGUGACGUCGGGAAAGGACGGUUUUGUAAAGGUUUGGUCCAGAAACAAUGAGUUGCUCAGGGAGAUGAACUUUGCCACGCCCAUCUACGCUGUGUGCUUUGCGAACGACAGAGGCGACAUUCUUGUUGGAUAUGGAACAAACGUCUGCUCAGUGUCAGUGGUCAAUUAUCUCCCUAUACGAUUGUUAAAGAACCUUCUAGAUCUUGGCAGCUACACUUACAAGAAGGACAUCCGUGAACUCCCAGUGACCUUUGAGAACAGGCGUGAAACCUGGCUUGACCUAACCAAACUGAAGUCAUACUCGCUGGAUAUUUAUAAUCGCCGUUGGCAACGUCUAGAGGAGGACGUAAUCCAGCGUCUGAAACACGCCACUGAGAAAACCACAACCCACAGAAGAUUCGUGAUCUACAUCGACGGGGGUACAACGAAGUUGAUCAGGAAGGACUUGGCCGAUAGACUUCUUAGUUGGGCUAGGGGCGUGAAUAAAUCCAAGAGUUCAAAGAAGAGGUCAUACGAUUUGGUCAAGAUCGCAGGUGAGUCAGUGAAUACUUCACCAACUUCCAAUCAAUCACCAGAAUCCACUGAAAACUCACAAAAGCUCGAGUUCUUUUACUCGGAAAACCUCCUGCAGGUGUACCCGUUUGAAGUGGGGGUCACAAUAAGGGCCCUGGAGUCACACCUGCCCAAGGGACCGAUUGUGAUGAGGCUGCUACAGGAAAGGGAUCUUCUGAAGAAGGAGCCAAUCAUAGCACCCGAUGGUUACAUUCCAAACUCUGUAAUCCGGAAGAAGUUUAAACUAGAGAAGGCAACUCCAAGAUGGACGGAGAAGGAGAAGCCAUUCGAGCUUAAACCGGUGCCCAAGGUGAACCCCUCCCACAUGCCUUCCUGGUGGGGAUAUGAUGAUGGGAAAGGAACAACCAAGGACACAACCACGCCUGUGUCUGCGUGGGAGGACAGCACAGUGUCCGACCAACAUGAAGUGGAGGCAACAGGCGGGUGGUCAGUGCCACCGUCGGCAGUCAGCCAGACCCGGUCGGCAAGGAACCUGUCGGCGGACUCGCAGAGUCACAUGAAGGGGCAGCAGAAACUUGCUACGACCACUCCAACAUCGUACAAACUGAAGAGCAGGCGCAUUGAGCUGAAUCGGGUUGACCUUGAAAUUCGAACGCCGGAGGUCAAGCAAAAACAUCGAAAGUCUGGGAAAAAAAGCAUAGAAAAGAAAUCUCAGGAAACACCAAGUCUUCCAGCUGAGGAGAACAGUAACGUUCAAGAAAAGCAGUCACCUGCGGAGUUUGUGAAAACAGACCUGAUCAAACAGCUGCUACAGGAAUCCUGGAUGCCGAAGAUGAACGCGGACAGCGAGUUUGACGACAUCAUGUGUCAGUUCGUGGCCCUCCUUGAUGACAGCAGCAACCCAGUCGUGUUUGCAAGAAUGUGCGAGUACCUGAUGAAGAUAUGCACGGAGCUCGGUGUCCCACAAACCAUCAUGAAUAUGAUUGUUCGCAAGAUUGGGUCCAAUCUGGACAGCGAGAAUGGGGCGGUGAAGAAGAACACAAUCAAAACUCUGCAGUUCAUAGGUCAAGGUCGUCCAGACGUGAUGCUGCUACUACUGCCACAACUAAUCAGUGGCGAGGAGCACAUCAGAAGGGCCACAGCAGACGCCAUAGCGACCCUUACUGGGGCCAGGGACAAGGAGCAGUUGCUGAUUACCCUGGAGUCAAUGGGGAUCAUACAUGGGGCCUACAGCAGCAAGGCUGAUGAGGAAUACGCCAUGUCGAUCCUUGCUGAGCGGUUUGCUAACACCCCUGAGGACCCCCAGCGUCACAUCAGGAUAUCUGAAUGGGUACAGGACACCACCCCGGGGGUCUUCGACGAAGAGUUGGACGUAGAUCAGGUCAUGGGCAGGUCAAGGUCACAGAAAUCCUCAAACCAGGGGAGGGAACCAUCAUUCAUGUCAGAGGGGAGGGAACUCUCAUUCAAAUCAGAGGGGAAGUCAGGCAAAAAGGAGUGGGCUUCAAGAAGCAAGCGCAAUGAAACAGGGGCCAGUUUUCACAGGAAGAAGUUCCAGGACAUCGAUGGAUUCUCCACCAUUUCUGACCGCAGCUCUUCCAGCAGAAAAAGUCGAAAAAGUGGCAGGUUUACCCCUAAAGACCCGAAGUUGUAUCAUUACUAUGACAAUCUAAUUGCGAACAAAGAGGGACAACCCAAGAAUAAACUCCAAGGAUAUACCUUUGCAAUAUUUAAUAAGACUGCUGUGUCCUUGAUGUUUAUUCCUCUGUGGGUAGUUCUGGAGGAGGAGGACGAGGACAUCACACAGAAGGAUUCUGCCUUCCAUACUCUCUCUAACAUCACUAGCAGUCAGGUGACAGAUAGACUGAGCAGUUACGACUCUGGGAUCACAAAGGACAUAUCGGACAUGAGCUAUCAACGUGGUGGUCAUCAAGGUUUUGGUGCUAUGCUGUCACCUGUCAAGUCUGAGUCUGCCAGCCCGAGACCACGCUCUCAUACCAGUCCACAAUCCUCGAAAGAUUGGCGUAAGUUCUUUGACAUAGUGCCAAACGCUGCAGAGCGUAGGCAGAUGGAGCAAAUCCGGCGGGAAAUGGAGGCGGGAAAACUGAAGCCCACGACACUCCCGCCGAUCUCAUAUUUCGCAGAGGACCUUCCCAUGUUGCCUGGCGAGGCAGGAACCAGGCUCUUGCAGACAGUCAGAGUCGGGGAAAAGGUCCCUCAUCCAGGUGAUGGCAGACACAGAAUCGAGUCCGUACCCGGGAAGCUGGCAGUCCACACUCAGAAUGAGCAUGCGGGUCUCAGCAACUAUGGUAUCCUACAAAUGCAGUGGACUACAGAGGUGCCCUCUGUGCGCGACCGUUCUCAACCGCCAAGGAAGAUUCCCCAGCAUCGCCCCCAGGGGAUGAUGCCUGACGACAAUUCGUCCGACGUGGUACAGAUGCCUAAUAGUAACAGACUUCGAGAGUUCUCAGACGAGGACCUGCGUCUGCCGCACCUGGAAGCCGUCACCCCUCAGCUGACCAAUCAGCUGUCAGCGAACCAUUAUGAGUGGGCACUUCCUCUACCGCCCCCGCCUGCAAAGGAAUCCCGCACGAACGCGGCCGCCAUCAAGAAAGACCAUGACGCGUACUGCAAGUACUAUCAGCUUGUGAAGAAGAAACUACAUCUGUAUACAUCGCAACAAAGGGAAAGAACCCAACAUCUUCCUGAAGUGUUUGUGAAACAGCUGAAAGAAGGUCAGCCAAAAUUGAGCUCAAAGCGUCCACAACGGUCUCGAACUCUCACCAAGUCUGACCUCAGUCCUUCACAUUUUCCUCCAAUCAAAAUUGGCCAGCUCAUUCGAAUUUAGUGGACAUAUAUAUUGUUAUCUAUAUUUUCUUUUUGGUGUUGACUUUGGUAUAAGUUUCAUAUACCAAAAUAACUUUCUUCUGAGCCUUGCAUUUUUAUUUGUUAAUUUUUAUUAAAUAAUGAAAAAUGUCAUGAUAGUUAGUUGUGAUUUAUUCUGUGAUACGAUUUAUUUAAUAGGAUGUAUUUUUUUAGAUAGGUUUUCUUAA